CCAGGCGCCUGCCUCCCUCUGACGCACUUUAAAGAGUCUCCCCCCUUCCACCUCAGGGCGAGUAAUAGCGACCAAUCAUCAAGCCAUUUACCAGGCUUCGGAGGAAGCUGUUUAUGUGAUCCCCGCACUAAUUAGGCUCAUGAACUAACAAAUCGUUUGCACAACUUGUGAAGAAGCGAACACUUCUAUGGAUUGUCCUUGGACUUAGGGCGCCCUGCCCGCCUUUUGCAGAGGAGAGAAAACUUUUUUUUGCCUCCCCCGAGAAACUCCCCCCCCCCGCCUCUAACUCCGAUCCCCCCACGCCAUCUCGCAAAAAAAAAAAAAAAAAAAAAAAAAAUUUACCCCAAUCCACGCCUGCAAAUUCUUCUGGAAGGAUUUUUCCCCCUCUCUCCAGGUUGGGCGCUUUUGGUGCAAGAUUCUCGGGAUCCUCGGCGUUGCCUCUCCCUCCCCCUCCCCCCUCCUUUCCUUUUUCCUUUCCUUUCCUUUCUUUCUUUCCUCCCCCAACCCCCACCCCAAACAAACAAGUCCCCAAUUCUCGUCCGUCCUCGCCGCGGGCAGCGGGCGGCGGAGGCAGCGCGCCGCGGUCGCCGGGAGCCGGGAGCCCCGGGCGCCCGCUCCUCGGCGCAGCAUGUUCCAGCCGGCACCCAAGCGCUGCUUCACCAUCGAGUCGCUGGUGGCCAAGGACAGUCCCCUGCCCGCCUCGCGCUCUGAGGACCCCAUCCGUCCCGCGGCACUCAGCUACGCCAACUCCAGCCCCAUAAACCCGUUCCUCAACGGCUUCCACUCGGCCGCCGCCGCCGCCGCCGGCAGGGGCGUCUACUCCAACCCGGACUUGGUGUUCGCCGAGGCGGUCUCGCACCCGCCCAACCCCGCCGUGCCCGUGCACCCGGUGCCGCCGCCGCACGCCCUGGCCGCCCACCCCCUGCCCUCCUCGCACUCGCCACACCCCCUCUUCGCCUCGCAGCAGCGGGACCCGUCCACCUUCUACCCCUGGCUCAUCCAUCGCUACCGAUAUCUGGGCCACCGCUUCCAAGGGAACGACACGAGCCCGGAAAGCUUCCUUUUGCACAACGCGCUGGCCCGAAAGCCGAAACGGAUCAGAACCGCCUUUUCCCCGUCCCAGCUCCUGAGGCUGGAACACGCCUUCGAGAAAAACCACUACGUGGUGGGCGCUGAGAGGAAGCAGCUGGCGCACAGCCUCAGCCUCACGGAAACUCAGGUAAAAGUAUGGUUUCAGAACCGAAGGACGAAGUUCAAAAGACAGAAGCUGGAAGAAGAAGGCUCAGAUUCGCAACAAAAGAAAAAAGGGACGCACCAUAUUAACCGGUGGAGAAUUGCCACCAAGCAGGCGAGUCCCGAGGAAAUAGAUGUGACCUCAGACGAUUGAAAACGCAAACCGAACCCCAGUGAAACGGACAACACGGAGCAAAACAGAGACAGGGAGAGGAGGGGAAGAAGAAGAAAAAACCCUACAAAACAAAAACAAACUGCACACACACAUUCACCGAGAAGGGGAGAGGCAGUCAGAGAGAGCAGCGGUGCAUCGCAGACUUGGGGCAGCGAGGUCGCAGGGUCCUGAUCCGAGGCCGCACCAAGAUGGCAGAGGACGGAGGCUCCUUGUUCAACAUGCAACCCUUGUCUGAAGAGGCAGCUGAGUGAGUGAGAGACAGAGAGAGAGGGAGAGAGAGAGAGAGAGAAAGAUUGAGAGAGAGAGAAAUGUGGCAAAGCCGAAGGCGCUCUGACAAGGGGAGCUGUCAGUCAAACGCCAAACCGGGAGACAAGAUGAUUGGCAGGUAUUCCGUUUAUGGCAGUCCGAUUUUUAAAAAAAUGAUGAUGAUGAUAAAAGAAAAAACCCAACCAG